GAUUGGUCCAUAUUUCCCGCCAAACCGGCAACACUGGCUGCAGCUCUCUGGACCAAUCUGGCAACGUUGCAUCCACCCUCUGUGCUGCCCGGAUAUGAUAACUCGAGAGCGAGUACCGCUGGAGGGUUCAACUCAAGAGGAGCAUCAUGGCCGUGACUGGACCUGAGACCGCUCGCCACCUGGUCCAGUAUGUGGUCGUGAGGUCAGACCUGCUCCACCAGAUGGCCUGGCCUCUCGGAGCGGUCAUAACGCAGGCCUGUCACGCCGCCACUGCGGCCAUCCACCUGAACUACCAUGACAGCGACACACAGGAGUAUUUGGCCCAACUGGACACAAUGCAUAAAGUAGUUCUCCAGGUGCCAGACCAGACGACCCUAUCCACUCUAUCGGAAACCCUAACAGAGAAGAAUAUUGCACAUAAACUGUGGAUCGAGCAGCCAGAGAACCUCCCCACCUGUCUAGCUCUGAAGCCAUACCCCAAAGAGGCUGUCCAUUCUUUCCUGCGAAAGUUCAAACUUUUCAAAUGAUUUUUUUUUUUAAGUUAAGGCCUAAUGAAAAGCAUGCCAACAUACAAUAAAGAAUCGAAGUGA